CCCGCCGCGUACACGGCGGCCAUCGCACGACGCAACGCCGUCACGUGGGUGAGAGACUACUACGCGCGCAGCUGGGCCUCGCGGCGAGCGAGUACAUCAUUGCGUCCCUCCUCGACGCAGCCAACGGGACGUCCGCGGAGAGGCGGAAACCGGGCCGAGCUGCCACACUACACUCCACGAGGCAUUCGCGCGCUCAGCGGUGCGUGGUCUCGUCUUGCAUGCCGGCUGCUGCGCGUGUUCGCAGUAUCACCCUCUGCCGUAGCGCCCCACUCCAAGCUUCCGGUCUCCUGACGGCAAAGGGUCGACACCCUUGACGCGGAGCCGAGCGAACAACAGUGAAAAGAUUGCAUCAAACCUACUGGAACACGAGGACGGCAGAACGGCGUAUUCUUGGAUUCACCGAGUAGCGUAGCGCCACCUAUCUAAGCUGCCAUCAGAAACUGUCACAAAACACCAGUGAUAGCACAAAAUCUAACCGGAGCCUCACAUGAAGCUCACGUUGAAAGCCCGACUUACUUGAGUCGCUCUGAUGUGCCUCAUUUCUCAACAAUAACGGGCUCCGCUGAUACUACACGGAGAUAUCAUGCCUACAUUUGCGAUAGAGUCAUUGCUCGGCCUUAUCAAGGCGCUGAUGGCCACUUACGACGUCGUGACGCUACCAGUCUACGUCAUAUUCCAGAAGCCGUGGGUCUGCUGGAUUCGAAAGCGCACUUGCUUCGCCAAACCGAUGAUAGAAGGUGACCCGACGUCGCCAUACAAGCGUGUAAAAAGUUCGGAGUUUGAAAUGCUCAAAGGCGUUGAAACCGUAGACGAAUUCACCCGCAAAGCCAUUCAUGCGUAUUAUCGCCAGCCAGCCAUCGGGACUCGACCUGUAUUAAGCUGCAUCGAAAAGGAGCUAUCCUGCGGCAAGGUGUUCAAGCAGCUCACUCUAGGUGACUACGAGUGGCUCACGUACGAAGAGGUGGACCGCAAGAUCGACCUGACGGCUCGCGGCCUACUGGCGACAGGCGUGAGGCCUCGCCAGUGCAUGGCCAUCUUGGCCGAGACCCGCGCCGAGUGGUUCAUAACGGCGCAGGCCUGUUUCCGCACCAACGUGCCACUUGUUACUUUGUACGCGACGCUUAGCAACGAGGGGAUUGUGAGCGCCAUCAACGAGACCGAAGUGACGCACCUGGUCACCUCCGAGGAUCUUCUGCCCCGCGUGCUAAACAUCGUGGACAGGAUGCCGUCGCUCACUCACAUCGUCUACAUGGAGAGCGCUCAGUCCAAGUCGUCAUUGCCGGCAGCUCAAGGCCUGCAGGUUAUUCCAUUCCGAAGCCUUGAAACACUGCAAACAGACUAUGAAACAGAGCAAAGCCCGCCUACCCGGGACGACGUUGCCAUCAUCAUGUACACUAGCGGCUCUACGAGCGCUCCAAAGGGAGUCAUGGCCACGCACAGGAACCUUAUGGCCACAAUAAACGCCUUCGGCAUCCUCUGCAAGACCUACGGGGUUGGAACAACCGAAGACACCUACAUUGCCUACCUGCCUCUAGCCCAUGUGCUCGAGCUCUCUGCGGAGACAGUUAUGUUCGGCAUCGGUACCCGGAUAGGAUACUCCUCCCCGCUAACCCUCACCGACAAGUCCCCAGCGAUUGCCCCGGGUUGUCACGGAGACGCGAUACUUCUGAAGCCAACCACGGUGACCUGCGUGCCUCUCGUAGCAGACCGACUACGCAAGGCGAUUAACGAAGCGGCCGCUUCCAAGGGUCCCUUCUUCAGUGCCUUCUUCGACUACGCGGUCAAGUAUAAAAACUUCUGGCUGGAACAAGGCUUCGACACUCCUCUGCUCAACCGUUUCCUGUUCAACAAGACUCGCCUCGCGCUGGGGGGAAGAACCAGGUUCGUCGUGAGUGGCUCAGCGCCACUGUCUAGCCACACGCACAGGUUCAUGCGAGCCUGCUUGGGCUGCCACGUCGUCGAAGGAUACGGCCUCACCGAGACGACCUCCGCGGCCACCGUCAUGGAACCCGGAGACAUGAGUACUGGCCGCGUCGGAGCACCUCUUUCGGGCUGCUACGUUCGUCUGGUCGACUGGAACGAAGGCCGCUACAGCACGUCGGACAAGCCGAAUCCACGUGGCGAGAUCGUCGUGGGAGGCGACUGCGUCGCCAAGGGCUACUUCAAGAAGGAGGAACUAACGAGGGAGGCGUUCCGAGAGGAAAGCGGAAUCCGCUGGUUCCACACGGGAGACAUCGGCGAGAUCUUCCCCGACGGCACGCUCAAGAUUGUCGACCGCAAGAAGGACCUCGUCAAACUUCAACACGGCGAGUACGUCGCGCUCGCCCGAGUCGAAUCCGUGCUCAAGGCGUGCCCGCUCGUAGACAACGCGCUCGUGUACGGCAAUUCGCUGCACACGUAUCUUGUGGCGCUCGUAACGCCGAACUACGACAAGCUCCACACGAUCGCUCGCCGUCUGGGCAAACAAGACUCCGCUACUCUUAGAUCGUUGUGCGACGACGUCGAAGUGUGCAAGGCAGCCGAGAAGUCCAUCCUAGAGUUCGCCAGGGCGAGCGGCUUGCAGAAGACCGAAAUACCGUACAAGGUGAAACUGUGCGCCGAGGAGUGGGUGCCCGAUUCGGGACUGGUGACACCUACGCUCAAGGUUUGCAGAAAACCGCUGCAAAGAUUCUACCAGAAUGACAUCGACGCGAUGUACAAGGCGGGAGAAGAGAGUAGACUGCGCCACGUCUGAAAGUUCGGGACAACUUGUGGCAGAAACAAUUUCAGAUGAGGUUAAGUGAGCAAUGUCGUCGAAACUUAAAGUUUAUCUUCAAGUGCCUUUCUUUGAAUGAUCAACUUGUAAUUUUUAUUUGGCAGAAAAAAUGAAGUCUUUAGGUCUUCGGAAUUGUGUUGCGAAAUAGGCGAAGCGGUACUUUAAUGCUAAUCAUUCCCAACACGCAAACGUUAUGCAUUAUGCAAAGGGCCAGUGGAGUCGUCAUGGUGCUCGCGCUAAAAAGAGCAGAUUUUUGAGGUCCAAUCCACCAGUUAUCAUAGCCGAUCACUUGUUUGAUUUUGCUGCGCCUAUAGGCAAACCAGCCUAUAGUAUAUGAGUGCGAAAUUGACUUUCGUUUCCCGAUGUUGCAUGUGUUGCAUAACACAUGUACGUAGGUGUUUCGUUGCUGAUUGUACAUAUUGCGUGCGCAGCUGACUCAACGUCGCUGUUGUAUGAGGAAGGCGAGGCUAAUACAAGACGCUUCGCUAAUGUAUGCGUACGCCGGCCACUUAGCACUGACAGAACGUGAACAGUGAGGGAGGAGAAGCUGGCAGGCUUAAAGCGCAGGUGCGAAAAAAUAAUGCGCGAAGGACGCGGGCAGAUAUGAAAGGCUCGCGAAGACAUUGGCUCUGACCUGUAGAGCCGCAGAAUGAGGAAAAGCCUUAAAUCGAUCUGUCCGUGGCGAAAGAAGUAAGAUUUAGUCUUCGAACAGGACUGCUGGCGCUGAUGUGCAGUAAUAUUUACACACGUUAGAUACAAGGCAGUGGUAUCCUUCAGUGUCAGGUUAUUUGCAGCAGUUUAGUACUUAGCUCCGUGAGCUCUCGUAAUGCAUGAAAAAAAAAUUAGGCAAAGUCUAAAAGAGAUGUCGCCAGAAAUGUCUCGAGGGCGUAGAGCAUGUAAUAAUUUUGUUUCAUGAUGAAGGCAGGUAGAAGUACUGAAAAAUACUAAGAACUUCAGAGAAACUCUCCCAUGUGUUACUGCGUUGCCCUCAUUCAACUCGUUGAACAGGACUUCGUAACAGACAGGAUAAAGAAAAGAGGAUGACAGUGAACCAGUCGAGCUGGUUGGCUGUGUUCGCUAUCCAAUGCCUGCCCAACUGGGGAUAUCAAACUAUGCUGCGCCUCUUUUUUACCACGUCUUGUAUUUAUUUCUUUGAGCCCUGCAACUUCGUUUAAUCACUUCCGUCCAAAUUUGGGCUGUGUACAAUGCCAUUCGCGCUAGGAUUCAUUCAACGUGCUUCCUGUACAUCGAAACUUACCACACACUUGGCAACAGAAUACCAUAAAAAGGAGUAUAAGUUGGUAUUUCGAAAGAGAAACUUUGUCGUCGAAAAAAGAACAGCUUCUCAGGCGGCAAAUAAAGAACCGCUGUCGGAACGCUGAAGUCGUCCAAGUAAGUCACUGGGCAGGUGUGCUCAGGUAGGUCGCCAACAAUAUUGAUGACCCGCCUUUGUGGCGCAGGAGCUUCGGCCUUGCAUUGCGAAGCCCGAGGGCGUGGUAUCAAAUCCAGGCCGCGUCGGCCACAUUUCGACAGGGGGCGAAAUGCGAAAACGCCCCUCUACCGUGCAUAGAGGGUGUGCGUUAGAGAACCCCAGGUGGUCAAAAUAAUCCCGAGUCCCCCACUACAGCGUGCGCCUUGUAAUAAUACAGUUUUUCUGGCAUGUAAAACCAGAAUUUACGUUCUGUCGAUAUUAGUGCUGUUAAAAUGACCAGCUCGUUAUUGGACUAAUGAUCAAUUUGGCCAACUCAAGAAAAAAAAAAAAAAACCUGCGAAUGGUGUCUGUGCCUUCUCUACGCGUCUCGUCGCAAUUUUUCCGCCGACAGCAUGAAGCACAAAAGUCAACUAGAAGUGUUUCCUGUCGACGUUAUUUGCUUGCCACACCAAUCACAACAGAAUGCCUUUGGGGCCCAACCUUGGUACAGCUGCAUUGUCAAGUGAAGCUGCCAAUGUCGGUAGCUUUCCCCUGCUUUGCAUCUUCUUGAGUCAUUCCGACAUAUUUCCCUGGGACCUUCUUCCCGCCUAGAUCUAUACAGGCCAGUAGAUCUUUACUUGCCUUGCACAACAUCAAAAGGCUUGCCAAGUUGGUGAACAUAUUAAAAAAAAACUGCCCUUUGGCGAAUGCGUUGUGACCUUCUGGGAAAAUUGUAUGUGUUGUCAAAUACCCUGUGAAAUAUUAAGCUUGAUGCGAGCUACGCGCAAAUGCUAUCUGAAUUAUAUGUGCAUAUUUUGAA